CUGGAAUACCUAUCAUAUUGCAAAUCAAGAGAGAACCGGCUACCUAGGAUUGCCAAGAGUACGUAAGUCGAUCCAUGGCAGAAGCUUCAAAGUUCAUUACCAUUAUGCAACUAUUCAGCGACUGGGAAAUCCAUCAUAUGCUCUGGGCCUUCUUUCACGCGAGGUUGCUACCACUUCCACCACAGACAACAAUGAUGAUCAUCAUAAAUCAAUGCCCAGUGAAACCCCUCAACAGCUCAUGGUAUUGUGGGCACCAUUCCUUCUUAUCCAUCUUGGAGGACAGGACACUGUGACUGCUUUUUCAUUGGAGGACAAUGAGCUGUGGUUGAGGCACCUGCUGAUGCUGCUAGGCCAAGCAUGCCUAGUUGUCUAUGUGCUGUGGAAAUGGGUAACAUUGUCAUACUACCAACUUUUAAUCUCGGCUGCAUUGUUGUUCGUUGAUGGGAUCAUCAAGUAUGGGGAGAGGAUUUGGGCACUCAAGUUGGGGAGCCAGGAAGGCCUCAGGAGUUCCACUAGCACAGAAGCUAAGAAAGCAUCCCUUCAAUUUGGACUAGGAUUCAGUACUGAAAGAAAAGAGCAGACCUAUCAAGAAAUUGUUAGGUAUGCUCUUCUCAGGGAGCGAGGCGUGCGGGAUAUAUUCGCUGGACGGAAACUCUUCGACAUGGACGAUUUAACUCGCGAGUACUUUCUGUAUCAAUACGAUCGGGAGGUUCCGAGAGGGGAUGCACAACUGAAUUUCAAAAGGGCGGAGAUCGAGCUUAGCAUAAUGUAUGACAGCCUCUACACAAAAUCUCGGGUGAUUCAAACAAGGUCUGGCGCCAUCCUUCUGUGUGUCUCCUUCGCCUCCAUAGUGAUUGCCUUUGUGCUCUAUGUCAAGAUGAUGGUGAGUAGUAGUGCCUAUGCUGAGCAAACAACAUCAGUAUACAACAAUGUCGACUACAGAAGAAGUAGAGUUGAUGCUGCCAUCACCUACAUAUUAUUCAUUGGAGCAGUUUGCUUGGAAGCUUGCUCAUUCUUCGUUGUGAUGAUCAUGUCACCAUUGGAGUGGCCAUUGUUGGAAGCUCGAGCUGGAUGGUGUCGUGUGCUGCUCACUCGAGUGGCCUGGCCUAUGUUCAUGAGGAUCCAACCAGAGACCAAGCCAUGGUGGUCAAACUCAAUGGGACAGUACAACUUCUUGAGCUCCUGCUGCAACAAAAGCAGAAGCACGGACAGAAGGUGGAGUAGCACUGUCAUCAUGUCAAAGAUGGCAGGCGUAUUUGGAGCUAGUGAACUGUGGAACAAGAUAAGAAACACCAAGCAUGCCCACAUCACAAGGGAGAUGAAGGAGCUUAUCCACGAAACAAUAGGUCAUGACAGGGGGUGGCUUCCUGAGCGCAUCUGCGUUCCAAGUGCUUAUAGAUCACUACUUGUCCUCCCCUUCGAGAAGGCCUUGCUGUCGCUACACAUUUGGACAGAUGUGGUGAUGCACAAGGUGGCGAAGUCGAUGAUGGUGAGCAGCAGUGGUCGGCUCCCGAUUGACCUGGCCGUCCAAGAGCAAGACCAAGAGGCAGCACAGCAGUGGCGGCGUCUUAUGGAUAACUGCAAGAGGCUAUCUGAGUACAUGUUGUACCUGCUGCUGGCGCAACCUGCCAUGCUACCCGUGAGCAGCAACGUGCAGGAUUUUAUGGUAGCAGCGGCUGCCUCAGACUGGUCCAGGGGUGCCUCCUCCUCCAACAGCAAGGUGCAGGAUUUUAUGGUAGCAGCCGAUGUUGCCUCCAGAAAGGAGAAUUUUCUUGAGUGGUUGGCUUCAGAAUAUGAGGGUCCUGGUCUGGGCUUCUGGAAGGAGCAAACGGUGGUGCUAGAAAAUCAACAGGGCAUCAAUGCCGAGCUGGCGAUACUAGAGAAGGUGUGGGUGCGGAUGCUCGUCUAUGCAGCUGGAAAGUCCCGUCCGGAAGAGCAUGCCCGGCGCCUGAGCACCGGGGGAGAGCUCAUUACUUUCGUUUGGCUGCUGAUGGCGCAUCGGCGUACUGGUGACGUGGAGCGCAGUAUCAGCCUUAUCAAAGAUGAUUUCAGCGCAGGACAUCUUUUUGAGCUAACUACUGCUAGCAUACCAUACUGUAGGCAAAUUGAUAUGGAGGAGUCAAUUACUACUUGACUUAAUUGAUUGCUUCCAUGCUGGUGUGGUGUGGUGGGUAAACUCAGUCUAUUUUAUCUGAUAUUUGUUCAUCAAUUUUGUAUUGUAUCUCUGGUUAUAAAAACGAUUACCUUUACCAUUUCUUGUUUAAAUGCAUGCCAGCAUGUAUGAUUGAUUUGUGCAUUGAGAUCACGGCGCAUUCACACUGAGCUAGUUUUGCUCCAACAGGAGAUUCAAGGAGUGGUCUGAACAAUAUUGAUGCACUGCACAUCUAUUUCAGCACAGACUCCGGUCGUCAGUUAUGGAGACAUUGCUAUAUGUGCAAAGGGUAGUCAUGACAUUGCUUGCUUCAUCAUCGCAAUAGCAACUGUCCAUGGUGAGGUUAAUGCCCUGUACUACGGUCUGCAGUAAAUAAAUAAAUGCCCAGAAAUAUCAGUAGUCGGUUCUUUCAGGCCUGGUCCAUUGAGGGGGUGGGGAGGUGGUGCUCGAACUGAUCAGGCGGGGGGUUAUCUUCCUACUCUCCCUUCCUUGUAUGAUCUUUAAUUCAUGAUGUUUUUUUUGGCUUGGCUAGCUAGCUGCUCAACUUGUAUUGUGCCCGUGAUGAUGUAAUAAUAGGCUAGUUGCUUAUAUGUAUUAACAAGAAGUUGUUCGAUCUUCUUUACAUUUAUGCCUGCUACUGCUAGCUAGCUGUUUACUUAUCCUUAUCAAGGCCACACGUUUUUAUAUAUGUUGCUGAAUCUUAUAAGCUUGCAUUGUUCUUACAUGCAACUUAAUUAUAGCUUCAGGCUUUAAUCUGAUUCGCGGUUGUGUUUUGAACAAUUUAUACCUAGUCAUUGGGCAAGCUAGGUUCUUUUUCCCAACGGAUGUAAUAAGAGCCUUUUGAUGUAUUCUUGGACAGGGAGAUGUCAGUAUUACUGUUGUUGGAUAGGAAGACGUCAGUGCUGGACUGCUGCAUGUACGACCAGCUGUUGGAACAAAUAUGGAGCGAAAAAUUGCCAAGGAAAAUAUGCAUGUUCCUUUGGAGAUUAGGAUAGCCUUUCCACUUCCCAACCUAAAGUGCAGAGGAAUUGAUAUGGAUAGACUUGACGAGAGCGACAGUCAUAUCUUCCUAAAAUGCAAAUAUACGAAAACAACGUGGAGAGAAACCAACCUGGUGCUUGUCAGUGACAUCUUACUUGGCUGUGUUGGUGUUGCCGUAAGGAUUUGAUUUCCGAGCAUAAGCUGCAUGUUUCUCCUUUACAGACUGUUCACAAAGCCGCUGGGUUGCUCUUGCAGUGGCUGCCUUUCUUAUACAGGCAAAGCGUAAAGACACGCUGAUAGUGUUGAAAGGAAAGCUUCAGUCUUUAUGUUUUCUGAGUCUUUGUUGCGCCUGCGUGCGCCAGAGGCGGAUGCUUGAUGCAAGUGUGCCUGGGAACGCUGUAUGUGCCUUGGAUGUUUGGUUGUCUCGGGCCUUCAUUGGUCUGUACGUGCUUUGGGAAUUGUGGAUUCUUUGCUGCAGC